UCAGUCGGUCAGCUUUAUCUCCGUCUCCAGCCGUUCGUAUUGUCUCUUGGCGGCCUCCAGCUGCCCCUCUAGCCGGGCCUUCUCAGCGGCGUAUGCCUUCACAAACGCAUCCACCGUCUUGCCCAACUCACCCAACUCGGCGGGGAUGCCCGUGGCACUCAGCUGAGGCUCCACAAAGGCCUCCUUGGUCUCUGCCGGCCCCUUGUCGAUGGGUGCCGUCAUGAGUCUGAUCCAGAAGUCGUCGGGGCUGCCCCUGGCAGCAUCAUCCAGCAGGUGGCCGACGGACGCCGCCUUGCCCGCACGCCGGAGGGUCUCGGCGUCGAGGAUGGCCCUGUGGAUGGCCUUGAAUGCCUCGCCGUCCAUAUCGAUGAACACUCGACUGUCCUCGUCUCGUAUCAGCCGCCCGUCCCAUCGGCCACCGAACAGCACCGCCAGCAGAGAGCCCUCGAUGCUCGUCAGGUGCUUGCGGCGGACCGACACGUGAGUGCCGCCCACGUUGAGCAGCAGCAGGUCGUCAGCAGAGGCCGCCGAUGCGCCGUCACACACGGCCCCAGACUCCGUCAGCAGGUUGGUGAUGUUGUAUGUCGUUGUGAGGGCCGCUUCAGUGUCCUUUCUUUGAGCCUGUAGUUCCUCCAGAGGGCCGAGAAUGCUCCUGUCGACCGCAGAGAGGGCGUCAUGGCGCGACAGCUUAAGGGCGGCCAUGGGAGAUCAAUGAAUGCCUGAUCAGCAGACGCAAACACUGGGUAUGUUCAGCAUCGAUACACGCCCCUCCCUUUUGCGAAAGAUGGGCCGGAAAGGCCAAGCCUAUGGCAUCAACCACUGAGAGAGACCACACACAGACAUGAAGAGCUCAUCAGAUCUCGGUCUGUUUUUGGUUUCUCGUGCUGUCAGCUGACCUUCCUGAUGUCCUUCGUCGUUUUUUG